AUGGCGCCCUACUUUGUAGAAAGUCACACAUGUACCAAAAUUGUCCUUCAAAUAUUCACAACUUUCAUUCGUUUUAGAUUUCUUCCAAAAUAUCAACGUACAAUGAAGUUUCUAUUGGAUGGUAAACACAAAACGCAUGAGCUUUAUCAAAAAAUUAUCGAUGAACAAGUAGGUGACCUUAACUCCAAUAAAAGUGCUACUAAUAUAUUACAAGCUUUCCUUCUGGAGAGAACUCGGAGAAAUGAAGAAAUUGUUAAUAAAUUCUACAAUGACCAGCAGUUCUACCACUUGCUGGCUGAUUUAUUUGGUGCAGGUUUAGACACUACUUUGACCACAUUAAGAUGGUACUUAAUGUACUUGGCGAAAAAUAAAUCAAUCCAGGAAAAUAUUCGUUCAGAGAUCAACGAUGUUCUUCAAGGUCGACCUCCUACUUUGGAAGAUAUGCCUCACCUUCCACUCCUCGAAGCAUCUAUCUGCGAAGCUCAACGAAUUCGACCAGUCGUACCAGUUGGUAUUCCACAUGGGACUAUGGCCGAAUUGGUCAUCGAGGGAUAUAGAAUUCCUAAAGGAACCAUGAUAGUACCUCUACAAUGGGCAAUGCAUAUGAAUGAAGAAGUCUGGAAUGAUCCAGAAAAGUUCGAUCCGUAUAGGUUCCUCGAUGAUGAAGGAAAAGUGGUCAAGAAUGCUCAUUUUAUGCCGUUUCAAAUAGGAAAAAGAAUGUGUGUUGGAGAUGAGCUGGCCAGAAUGAUACUUUUCCUGUUCGUUACAACCAUCAUUCAGAAUUUUUCCUUUGUCUUGGAAAAUGAAGAAGUCGAUUUCUCUGGAGAGUGUGGAAUAACAUUGACACCCAAAUCACACAAAAUUAAAUUUAGUAAAAUUAUGAAAUGAUUCGGCUUGACUUUAUAAUUAAUGAAUAAACAAUAAGUUUUGCAACGGAA